UUUAGAUUUGAAAACAUUUCGUAGAAAUUUUACUAUUGCGGUUUUUGCUCAUUAUUUUUUUUUUUAAUUAAAUAAAAGAAACUUUAAAAUUAAGAUUUUCGAAUUUAUAUUGAAAUAUAAAGCGAAUAUUAAAUAAUUUAAUUUUCCUCAAAUAAUAGGAAUUUAAGUACAGGAUGAGCUCAAAGUUAGCAAGUCAAACAACUGGUGGUCGUCGUACACCAUUAUCAUUGGGUCCUGCAAGUGGUCAGAAAUCAAAUCAAAAAUUAAAUGCUGAAUCUAAUCCACCUGAUUCAACUACAAUUGAUUUACGAAAUCGUAAAUCUGAUGACAAAUCCCCAAAUUUAGAAAAAACUGAUUCGCCAGCAAAAAUUUCAAGUGCCAAAGAAACAACAAACAAUUCUACAGAGAACAAGAAAGAAAAGACUUCAAAAAAAGACUCAAUUAAUUCACAAGAAAAUGGACAUGACGAUGAAAAGCAAAAUAAUAAAGACGAAAAGCAAAAUAACAAGGAUGAAAAGCAAAGCAACAAGGAUGAAAAAACUAAUUCACAAAAGGAUGAAAAUCCAAAGAAGGCUGACAAAAAAAUACCGCGUGAUAGCCCACGUAAUAAAGAUGGACUGAAAACUGAUGCCAAGGAAAAUAAUAAAGAAACUGAAAAGACUAAAACAACUGACAAGGAGAAAGGACGUGCUACUCCAAUUGAAAAGAAGGAAAAGAAGGAUCAAAGUGAUUUAAAAAAAACACCUGUUGAAGAAAUUGUUCUUCCAAAAAGAUCGUCUCGAGCAACUACAUUAGCCCAACAAGUUGCUAAACAAGAAACUGUAACAUUAAACGUUACUACGGAUUCUUUGAAACAACAAGCAGAUCUACAUGGUUUCGGAGAAUCUUUAGGGAAUGAUGUUGAAAUGGAAUCUCUUUUAUUAGAUGUUGAUGUAUCAGAGUCGGCAACAACAAUUCCAACAGCUGCCAAAACAUCUGCUCAUUCUCCUUCACUAAGAUCAUCAGCCCGUAAAGCUACAAAUGACGAAAUUAAAGAAAAACAACCAUCAUUAAUACCAAGGCGAAGUGCAAGAAAAGAAACUCCACUGAAAUCCCCCGAAAAAUUACCAGCAGUGGAUGUUCCAGUAACAUCAACUCCUGAUGGAAGUACUUUUUAUUCUUUACCUCCAACUUCGUUAAGGCAAAUUUCUGGUAGAAGAAGCUUGCGACCACUUAAAGAAUACACAUUUCAGUAUAACAGCAAUUAUCGUGAAUCAUACCGACGUAUUAAUACUGAAUUUGAUUGUACAAACAAUACAAGUAUGAAUGUUACGGUUGGUUCUGAGAGCGCGCCACAGAGCGAAUCUUUUAUAUCAUCAUUUUUUUCGUUUGGUCGGGGAAAAAAACGCACCCAUACACCGCCACCAACAGUUUCAACAACAGAUGAAAUUCAAGAUGAUGCUGUUAACACGAAUACAGCUAGCCCAAAACGUCCAAGAUUAGAUUUGAGUGGUUUAAUUGGAAUAGUUACAAGCCCCGUUACAAUGCUCAAAAAUCGUAUAUAUAGAGGGAAAGUUGAUUCAAGUACACCAAAUAAUAAAACAGAAGAUCUUGAAGAUGCUGAAGUGGAUGAGGAUGGUGUAGAAAAUGUUUCAGAAAUUAUUUCAGAAGAAAAGAAAAUUAUAUUGGAAGAGGAAGAUUCAAAAAAUGAAAAUGAUAACGAUAAUGAAGACGCGACAAUAGAUUUAGAUGACGAAGAGGAAAGUAAUGAAUCUAUUGAAAAGGAAAAAAGUGUUGAACAUUUGAAUAAAGUAGAAAUUGGUGAUGAAGUAAUGUCAGGUUUAAAUGAGGGUAAUAAUGAAGAGGUUGUCAAUUCGAAUAGACGAGGAAGAUGUCACAUAAUGUAAAAAAAAAAGUUGAAUUUUUUUUCUAGAUUAUUUCAGUUCAUAUAAAUACAUACAUAUAUACAUAAAUAUAUAUAUUUUUGACAUCAUAUUCAUUAAAUAUAAUUUUGAUUAAGAAAUUCGUUUCUGAGUAAUAUUUUUUUUUUAAUUAGAUUACAUAAAAUUAAAAAAAAAUGUAAUAGAUGAUUAUCUAAAAAAAAUUAAAAUAGAAGCAAAUGUUUUAGAAUCUAGUUUUAAGUACCUUAUAAAAUAAAAAUAUAAUUUGUUUAAAUAUACUUAAACAAAGAAAAAUUAUAUAAGUUAAUUUUAUUGACUAAGUAAUAUAUUUCCUCAUUAAGAGAUUG